UUUUCCAAAUGACGUCAUGUGUGACGAUUUUUGACAAGUGAGUGGAUGCCACAUGGCUGAGCCGUGCCACUCUGUGCCAUCAUGGCUCCAUCUUGCCCCACUUGUGCGCCGGACUGAACCCGGCCCCACAUCUCAUCAUUUUGCCCGCCAUUUCAUGCGCCACAUGUAUCCGGUCGGGCUCUUUGACCUGCGCCGGUGGGCAGGCCCACAGAAGUCCAUCUUUGGGCUUCUAGGCUUCUCUUCACAGGGCUCAAUCCACUAGGCUUGGGCCGAACAAUGUUGAAUAUUCGACCCUUGCAAAAAAAAAUUGCAGAAAUUGUGAGAAGCAUGUUUCUAGGGACUUCCGAAACAUUUUUCAAGAGAUUUUGACAUGUAUCUUUCAAUCAUUCUAGAGUUUUUGAUACGUCUUAGGAACAUUUUCCAGAAGUUAUUUGAUGGGGCUUCUCAUUGUUGAUUGCCACCAAGGCACCACUUCAAUUCUAGUUCAUCACAUUAUCUUAUUCUAGCCCUGGAUGUAGUGGGCUUUGAAUACUGGCAACCAGCGAGGGUUCCUAUUCUAGCACACUUUCUCCUAUUACUAUAUUUGUGAUGGGAGUAUUUUAUUUUCAUAGUUCCAAUGCUCAUAAGUAGACAUACAUGUGACCAUGGCAGCCUACUUCUGCUAUAAUUACUUGGAAUGCUCUAAUUUGAGUGACUUACCGGACAAAAUGGCUGGAAGAGGUCAAAUACCAUUGCAAUAUGAAGGACGAUCUGUCCAAGCUCCAGGAAUGAUGCGGCAUGGUCCAUUCCCAGGGUCAAGUCCUGCUGGUCACCGCGCCAUGGAGCCACUUCCUCCUCCUGAGCGUAUGGAGGCCAAAAUUGCUGUCCAGGUGGCAGAAAUAGAGCGACUUGCUGGGGAUAACCAUAGACUGGCUGCCACUCAUGGGGCCUUGAGGCAGGAUCUUGCUGCUGCUCAGCAGGAAAUACAACGACUUAGAGCACACAUAAAAAGCGUCCAAACAGAGGGCGAUAUACAGAUUCGUGUGUUGCUGGAGAAGAUUGCAAAAAUGGAAUUUGAUAUCAGAGCUGGGGAGAGUGUUAAGAAGGAGCUACAGCAGGCACACAUGGAGGCUCAGGGUUUGGUGGCAGCUAGGCAAGAGCUGACUGCCCAAAUUCGACAGGCCACUGCGGAAUUGGACCAAGCCCGUGCUGAUCUUAAAAAGCUACCAGAGAUGCAUGCUGAACUUGAUUCUUUAAGGCAAGAACAUCAGAGAUUACGGACAACUUUCGAGUAUGAGAAAGGCUUGAACAUAGACAAAGUUCAGCAAAUGCAAGCCAUGGAGAAAAACCUGGUCGGCAUGGCACGAGAAGUGGAAAAGUUGCGUGCUGAGGUGUUAAAUGCAGAGAAGAGAGCACAUGUGCCAAUCCCUUAUGGUGGCCCCUAUGUGCAUCUAGAUUCUAUAUAUCCACCUAUGCAUGGUGGGGGUGCUUAUGCUGAGACUUAUGGAGGACUCCAUGGUCAGAAGGGUCUUGGAGCUGGAGUGGAGGGAAUUAGUCCAUACGGAGGUGGUGUAGGUGUUGGCGGUGCACCUCUGCCUACUAGUGGUGGAGCUCCCAUGUGGGGAGGAGCAUAUGACGCCCCGCUCCCUCGGAGGUGAUAUUGCAUGAACCACCAUUGGAGACUUAUGAAUUUUCUUCCUUUUUUCCCAGCUAUCCUGGUUAUGUAUGCAAAGUUAGCUGGUUGUGAUUAUGAAUCUUAAAAUAGGAAACCAUACUCUUAUUUCAACAGCUGUUCUUCUUUACUUGUCAACUUUCGGACUUCCAUAUCUGGUAUCAUGUGAACAGCUAGAGGAUGCUUUCAUUGGAUAUACUUUUAUUACUGUGUCA